AUGCUGUUUACUUUAGGAACUGCCGGUCCAGGCAAGGUUGUGGCGACGCUGCGCGCGAUAGUGGCGGAGUUUCUUGUUGUGUACAAUGUGAUUCAAGCAAAAACGUACUGCGGAAUCCAGCACACUGGGGCUUCAAUGUCGCGGCUUCGAACACAAGCAGUUCAAGUACCUUCGUACGUUGAGAUGGAGGCUCGGACAGCAAGAAGUCUUAGUAGUGCUCGUCAUGUAAUACAAUUGCGUGCGAAUCACGUUGAACCAGGAGAAUUCGCAUAUUGUUCUCUACAAAGCUGCUGUCUUAAUAGAAAUUGCAUGUUACUCACUC